GUCGAGGCCCCCCGCCGCCGCGGGCCAUGUGUCCCCCGGAGGCCCUCCGCGCCCUGCUGCAGAGGCGCCCGAAGGUUCUGCCGCCGGCGAAGGAGGCGAAGGGCGGGCGUCGGAGGUGGCGGUGGUGGCCGGCCCGCUGCUUGCCCGUGUGGUCGGGGAUGUCCCGCGGCGCCAGCGCCGGCCCCUCGUCGUCGUCGUCGUCGUCUUCGUCCUCGUCCUCCACGUGCUGCUCCUCGCGCAAGGCGGAGCAAGCCCGCGGCCCCUUCGGCGAAGAGCAGUUCCUGGCCGUUUGCCGGGAGUCGACCAAGCCCCGGGAAGCGGCCAGGGCCGCCUGGGAGCUCAUGGCCGAGACCGCCAGCUUCUGCAUCUUCCGGCUCUUCGACGAGGUGCGACGGCGGCCAGCGGCGCCGGCGCUGCGGACAGACCAGAAGGGAAGGGGGGGGGAAAGGCCGCCGAGGCCUAGACGGAGCAAGGGAGCCUGAGGGACCGGCGCCGCGUUGCCGUGGAAACGCGAGGGAAAGAAGAGGCCGCCAAGCUGUUUGGGGACUACAGUUCCCGCCAUCCCCGGCCACUGAUUCUGCUAGCUAGGGAUGAUGGGAGUUGUAGUCCAAUAACAGCUGGGGGCCCAAGGUUGAGAAACACUAGGGUUGCCCAUACUUGGGUCUGCAGCUGUUUUUGUAGCAGUUCCCACCAUGCCCAGCCACUGGUCCUGCUUAGCUAGCGAUGAUGGGAGUUGUAGUCUAACAAGAGCUAGGCCAGGCCAGGGUUGAAUAUUAUUGGUUCUCCAGCUGUUUUUGUGGUAAUUCCCAUCAUCCCUGACCACUGAUCCUGCUAGCUAGGGAUGAUGGGAGUUGUAGUCCAACAACAGCUGGGGGCCCAAGGUUGAGAAACACUAGGCCCGGGUUGCCCAUAUUUGGGUCUCCAGCUGUUCUCGCAGCAAUUCCCAUCCAUUGAUCCUGCUAGCUAGGGAUGAUGGGAAUUGUAGUCAAAAAACAGCUGGGGACCCAAGGUUGUGAAACACUCUGUGGGACAGCAGCUCUUUUCGUUAGUCAGACCCCCCUGGCCAAACUCCACCUGGCCUUUCCUCCACGGUGGCCAGUGGGGCUCCCUCCCCUCAUGCCCCGUGGCCCUCACAACAGGCCUGCAAGGUAGGCAAGGCUGAGAGAAAGCGGCCUGAGGCCUCCGUUGCACUUCUAAAACCACUUCCAUCCUUUGGAGGAGUGGGGAAUGUAUCAGGUUUGCCAACUGCUAUUCUCUACUACAGCCUGCUCUUGAUUGUUGGCCAUGUCUCUUCUUCAAAGAAAUAGAUUACAAAGUUCCUGAACAUGUACAAAAUGCCUUGCCUUUCCGCUGGGCAACAGCAGCCUCUCAUUAUUUAAGGAGAAGCCCCACUGUAUCAAACAAAACAGGGCUGGCAAGGUAAGGUGAUUGCGUCUUGGAGCAGGAUCCACAGGGGCAGCAGAUCCCAAUGUAGAUCUUUAUUGUUCCUAGGGUUGCCAUUAGAAAAAUCCUGCCCUCCAUUAUAUAGUCAUUCUUUGUUUAUCCACACCCACGUAGGAGCAGGGCUUCUUCCUUCCAGGACAGAUUACAAGACUAGCUCAAAGUCCUGAACCUCAUUUGAAAAAUUAAGAUCUGCUCCAUCUCUCUUUUUAGUAUUAGAUUUUUUGUGAGUGAACUUUUAAAGGAUACGCGUGUAGUAUUGCAAAGCAUAUGCCAGAAGGCAGCUCCUGGCCAUUGCAUUGUUCCUGUGUACAGGAAAAGCAGAAAUCAAAGAUGCAGUAAUAGGGAGCAGCUUACCUGUUGUGUUUCUACCUGUCAUGCAGAUGUUAGGGACAUAAUAGCACUGCCAGGAAGGAAAAAACAACCAGUUAAUGCCCUGGUGUGGGAGUUAACAAAUGGACAGAAUCAACCGAGGGGAGCAGAGGGGCAGAGAAGUGUGCAUUACGUGACCUUGAAAUAGACAGGGUCCUCCCUUGAGAUGUAGUAGCAGUAUUUGGGUAUUCCAGAUAGGAAGCAUAAAAUAGGGACUGACAGCUUUCUGUAGAGUACUGAUCAGCAACUGACAGCCUGUGGGUCAAACCUGGCUGGGUGUUGGAGUGUCCUCUGCUCCCUCCACCUUGCCAGACUUCAAGCAGAAGGGAUGUGCGGCACUUACUAUGACUAUAGAACUUGAUUUAGGAAAUGAGAUUGGCUAAUCGUUCUCUAGGGACGUGGGUGGCGCUGUGGGUUAAACCACAGGGCCUAGGACAUGCUGAUCAGAAGGUCGGCGGUUUGAAUCCCUGCGACGGGGUGAGCUCCCGUUGCUCGGUCCCAGUUCCUGCCCACCUAGCAGUUCGAAAGCACGUCAAAGUGCAAGUAGAUAAAUAGGUACUCCGGCAGGAAGGUAAACAGCGUUUCCGUGUUCGCCAAAAGUGGCUUAGUUAUGUUGGCCACAUGACCCGGAAGCUGUACGCCGGCUCCCUCGGCCAGUAAAGCAAGAUGAGCGCCGCAACCCCAGAGUCGGUCACGCUAGACCAAGGGGUCCCUUUACCUUUACCUUUACCCCCUCCUCAAAGUGAUCCUCCUGUAAAACUACUUACAGUCCAGACAGAUUAAGGAUUAAAUUGCUAUAUAUUUCCAUUUGAAAUGGAACGGUGGAGACCUGCAUCUCAAGGGUGCUUCUGGAUUUAGAUUGACAAGCAUUUUGCCCUAACUAUAGUGGGGUUAGGGGACGCGGGUGGCGCUGUGGGUAAAACCUCAACGCCUAGGACUUGCCGAUCAUCAGGUCGGCGGUUCGAAUCCCCGCGGCGGGGUGCGCUCCCGCUGCUCGGUCCCAGCGCCUGCCAACCUAGCAGUUCGAAAGCACCCCCGGGUGCAAGUAGAUAAAUAGGGACCGCUUACUAGUGGGAAGGUAAUGGCGUUUCCGUGUGCUGCGCUGGCUCCCCAGAUGCAGCUUGUCACGCUGGCCACGUGACCCGGAAGUGUCUUCGGACAGCGCUGGCCCCCGGCCUCUUAAGUGAGAUGGGCACACAACCCUAGAAUCGGACACGACUGGCCCAUACGGGCAGAGGUACCUUUACCUUUACCUUUAUAGUGGGGUUAGCUCCAUUUUUCAUGGGUGUUCUGCUUCUGUGUCAUCCCAUCCUUCAUGACCUUUCAUGAUCCUGAGGCUUCUAUUUUCUUUUAGUCUUCUGCUUCCCAGACCUGAGAGGAGAUGAGACUGAGUACUAACAGCUGGACUUUGUCUUGUUUAACCAUGGGGGUGCACCACAGUUGUCUGUUUUUCUUUUCCCUUGCUCCCUUUCACAGGAAGUUUUGUAGGGCAAUGUUUGAGAACCUGUGCUGAUCUAAUCCUUGGUUCAAGGAUUAGCUUUUUCUUUUUCUUUUUCUUUUUCCAGCAUCCUUGAAUGGGUCAGGGAGGUGGGCAGAACGCCAGGAGUACAGACACAGGCAGAGUUUAUUCUUUCCCUCCCUUCCAAAGCAGUUUGUGUCCUUGGAAAAACUGCAUUUUUAAAAAAUCUACAAACUCCUCUCCUUUUUUGUCCCUUACUGAAAGAGUAUGGAAAGCUGGAGUGUGCUUGAGAGUUAGAAGACGAACAAUAUUUAUUUUCUAAACGCUGCAACCUACUUUUAAGUACCGUAUUUUUUGCUCUAUAAGACGCACCAGACCACAAGACGCACCUAGUUUUUGGAGGAGGAAAACAAGAAAAAAAAUAUUCUGAAUCUCAGAAGCCAGAACAGCAAGAAGGAUCGCUACACUGUGAAAGCAGCAAUCCCUCUUGCUGUUCUGGCUUCUGGGAUAGCUGUGCAGCCUGCAUUCACUCCAUAAGACGCACACACAUUUCCCCUUACUUUUUAGGAGGGAAAAAGUGAGUCUUAUAGAGCAAAAAAUACGGGCUUGUUUUCUGGAAGAUUUCUGCUUGCUGCUCUUGUGUGUUCAAAUUUACUCCAUUUAAUUUCUUGUCAUGAGCUUAUUUACUCAGUAGAAAAGUACCAUGCUCCUAUCUUGGCCGUGGUCUAGUGUGGGCCUCUACAUAGCUCCAUCCUUAUUUCAGACAUCAUGAUAUAUCGCUAUAUUGAAAACCAGGUAUCACCCAGCCCUAGAUGGCAGCAAGCACGCCACUCUUAAUUCAUUGCUGAAGCCUGUCUGCCAGUCCUUGCCAUCAUAUUCCUAGAUCUGUCUGGCCCAGAUCUGUCUGUUUUAAAUUGUUUUCACUCUUGUAUACGUUUGAGGACAAAUCCCAGCCUCCUCAGCACAGAUUUCAGACUGCUUCCGCUUCAGGAUAAACAGCUGGCCAACUCAGCAGGGCAUUCUGCCUUGAAAUACUGAAAUACUGAAGCCCUGCUGGUUUAUUGGCCAAGAGGAAAACUUUGUGGGCUGCCUGUGGUCAGAGACAGCGUGAUUCAAGCAGCUGGCAGAGAAGCUUGGAAGUGGAGUCUAGUGCAGGCAGGAAGCCCAAUUCUUUACCAACCGAAGUGCUAUCAAAAUUUGGACGUGCGUUGGUGGAAUGCUUGAAGCCUCUUCUAGUUUGGUGUGUGUUGCAUAGCCCUGCUGUAUUAGAUACGACAGGAAUUUGGAUAAUUGGGGGCUUGGAAGUACAGUACUACCUCGGGUUAAGUACUUAAUUCGUUCCGGAGGUCCGUUCUUAGCCUGAAACUGUUCUUAACCUGAAGCACCACUUUAGCUAAUGGGGCCUCCUGCUGCCGCCGUGCCGCCGGAGCACGAUUUCCGUUCUCAUCCUGAAGCAAAGUUCUUAACCCGAGGUACUAUUUCUGGGUUAGCGGAGUCUGUAACCUGAAGCGUAUGUAACCUGGAGCGUAUGUAACCCGAGGUACCACUGUAAUGUAUUUUAAAUGCUAGGUUGUUUUGUUGGUGUGAUAAUUCUGUCCAGUCAGCAAAUGCUGACACAGAUCAAGAACAAUUUCACACGUGGCUUGUAUGUUUAAUUUGUUUUGUUUUUUUAAAUGGGAAUACAAGUUCUGCAUUGGUCAGACUGAUUAUUGAAAUGAGAAAUGCCUCUCUUCCGAUUUCCCUUCUACUAUAGGAACAAUCACACUGUCAUCCCAGUGAGGCUCAAAGGCCAUUUAAGCCCUGCCUGGGAGGUCAUUCUAAGUUUACAUGGUGAUUGUUUGGUGACUGGAAUGCAGUAUCAUCCCUCAAGAAGAAAGUAGGCAGAUGUCAUACUUGGCUCGGUUUUAAAGGAAGCAAUUUGUUGUAUUUGUUUUAUCAAAAGAAACGCUGCAAUUUGUAGACUUAUGCCAGCAGUGAAAGUUAAAACAGGUUGGCAGGUAGCAUAAGUGGUGGAAUCCACUUAUAAUCCAUUUAUAAUCCACCAAGGUACAGUGGUACCUUGGUUUACGAACUUAAUCGGUUCCGGAAGUCCGUUCUUAAACCAAAGUGUUCUUAAACCAAGACGUGCUUUCCCAUAGCAGCGGGGGACUCGGUUUACAAAUGGAACACACUCAACAGGAAGCGAAACAUGGUUCUUAUUCUAAGGCAAAGUUCACAAACCAAAACACCUACUUCCAGGUUUGCAGCGUUCUUAAUCCAAGUUGUUCAUAAACUAAGCCGUUCUUCAACCAAGGUACCACUGUAAUUAGAGGAAUGCAAAAUAAGUAGGCAUAUGGAUGUUGGGAUUACAUAGCUUUUCUUCACAUAUUUGCACUUCUUUUUAAUUAGGGUUGGCUUGUUAAUUCUCUGAUGAACAGCUUUUUUAACUAUUGUGGUAGUAUCAUACUGUGGUAGCAUGCUUUGCUCUGGCCUUUGACACCUGAGAUGUACAAUUUUAGGACACACCCUAUUUUGUGUGUUUUUUUGGAGGGGUGCGUAAUUGUAAGUUUUUAAAAUGUUUAAUGUUGUAUUUUAAACAGUUGUAACCUGCCCUGGGACCAUAGGGUGAAGGUUGGGUAAUAAAAUUAUUGUAAUAAUAAUUUAGCAGUUUGCAAACAUGCCUAAGGAACAGAGAUUUGGAAACGAAACCUGGAACAUUAAGGGUUCUAGCAAGUGUCCCAGAGUUGCUUUAAAAAAGAAAAAAAGAGAGGCUUUGCUUGCUGACUAAAGCCAGCUUUAUCGCAGACUACGAAUAAACAAAUCUAUAAAAUAAACCAGAAAGAAAAAGCUCUCAAAGUGUCCAAAAUAUUUUGUAACCCACGCCUCUCUUUUUGCUUUUAAAGAAAUCUGUGUCACUGUAGCAACUUUGGUAGAAAUCUCUAAAUACAGGAAAGUCUCUUCGUGGUGGAAAGCAACUAACACUGCCAGAGCGGUGGGAUCAUACUAAAAUCUAGACUAGCUAUAGGCAGACAAAAUGCAGACUAAUGUUUAACAAUUUUGUUUUGUUUUGUUAUUGCAAUGGCCCAGUCUGAGAACACUUCAUGGUACUGUAUGUUUUCCAGCCUUCUAAACAAACAUCUCCUGUAAUCUGCAGGCACGUCAUAAUCUCACUUUCAGUUGAUAUUCACAUUCCUUUCGUACAGGAAAAUAGGUCUGCUAACCUUUGAAAGCUCAGAUUAUCUGAGAUAUUGCAAGCCUUGUGAACUAAAACCACAACUAAAACCAUCUGUUGUGGUAGAUGAUGGUCUAGACUCUUCUUGUAAUGUUCUUCAGUAAAGGGUAGUCCUUUAAAUAAAUGGAGGUAGAGUGAUUUUACAGAGUGUAAAAUUUCAGGAAUCACUCUUAAAUAAUUGCAGGCUUGAUGUAUCUUUGGAAAAUAGAACUCCAGAGGGCGUAGGCUUGGGUGGAGGUCUACUUCACAUUGCCAGAAUUUGUUUGUGAAGCAGUGUUGUAAUGCCUUAUUACAAAAUGCUGUGUGAGUCAUGCCGUAUCUUUAUUUUAAAUAUUUCCUUUCUUUAAAUGUUGGGUUCAUAAAGGGUCUAGCUGACGGUGCUGAAGGAUGAAGUGAUGUUUAUUGAAUGAGAAAGUUCAUGAUAACAGAGCUCUGUUAAAAAAUAUUUUACAGAAUACAAGACUGAAAAGGGUAAAAGGUAGUUUAAAUUCCAUUCACGUGUACUGUACUUUGACAUUUUUGCAUCUUCUCAAUGAAUUAGACCCGAAAAUCUUCUGUUUCUGCAAUUGGUAUUGCUAGCAAAUAAUGCAACUCUCUGAACAAAGGGUUAUCCAACUCUUAGUGUAAGGUUUAUUUGAUUUGUGCAGAGGGCUGGACUGGUCAGGGUGAAGAUGGGGGGGGGGGGUUGCUGGAGUCUAACAAAAGUAGAAUAUAGUCAGAGUGCUGAAAUAUAUAUUUAUUGUUUCACUUGACUAUCAUAACAGAAGUACGACUGCUGCAGUUUAUGUUUCAAAGCAUAAAGGGGGAUUAGAUGCUGAUAAGACUUUCAUUUGACUAUACAGUAGUCUCUGAUAUUUAAAAUAAACAACUGAGUUAUAUUUACAACACCCACAUUUAUAUAGGAUGAUUUCUAUGGCAUCUAGUGUGUAAAUAUGAAAAAGCAUUAUUGCUUUUGAGUAAUAUGUUUAGGAUUAUACAGAAAAAAUGGGAUGCGGGUGGCGCUGUGGGUUAAACCACAGAGCCUAGGACUUGCUGAUCAGAAGGUCGGCGGUUCGAAUCCCCGCGAUGGGGUGAGCUCCCGUUGCUCAGUCCCUGCUCCUGCCAAGCUAGCAGUUCGAAAGCAGGUCAAACUGCAAGUAGAUAAAUAGGUACCGCUCCGGCGGGAAGGUAAACGGCGUUUCUGUGCGCUGCUCUGGUUCGCCAGAAGUGGCUUAGUCAUGCUGGCCACAUGACCCGGAAGCUGUACGCCGACUCCCUUGGCCAAUAGAGCGAGAUGAGCGCCACAACCCCAGAGUCGGCCACGACUGGACCUAAUGGUCAGGGGUCCCUUUACCCUUUACCUAUACAGAAAAAAGAUAUCUCCAGCCUAGCAGAGAGAUUGGUAUAUAUUUUAAGAUAAGUCUGUCAUUGAGCUGUCCAGUUCUUUAGGCAAAUGGACCAACUCACCUCUAUUUUAACGCAAACAUCACAGAGUAUAUUUGUAUGUUGUAAAUGUAUUCAUUGUGCAAGCACAGUGGUAUAAAAGAGUCUUUUUGGACAUUGCUAGUGCAACCAAGGAAAGGCCUGAAAUACAGGAUUCUUGAUUCUCCCCUACCUGCUCCCUCCUAUUUCUCUUGCUUUUUCAGAAAUCUGGACUGUACGAGUAUAAAGUCUAUGCCACUCUUGGUGAUUGUUCCCCAGAUGUAUGUGCAGAAGUGUACAUGGAUUUAACCUACAGAACAAAAUGGGACCGGUAUCUUAGAGGUCAGUAAAUUAUUCAAGACCAAAAUGUCAUUUUCUUUGGUCACUGUGAUAGGUUCUUUUCCUCCACUUCUUGACCACCAUUGUUUUGAAGAUUCUUCUACUUCGCUCUUUCAAGUGCUCUGUACAGUUUUUCAGUAUGAAAAAUGCAUGAAGUAGAUUUCCAUUACCAAAGUGUUAAUGCUAAUAUAGUCAUCCACUUGUGAUGCCCUGAAAAACAAAUAAGAAGCAAUGUUUUUCUUGCUAGCCACUUCUUGUGUUAAAACCAACUUUCUUAGAUCCAUCGACACUGUUCUUGUGUUGGUUUAUGGGUAAAUGGACUUGUCUCUUGAUCAUUAUGUGACAUCUGGGGAAUCUGGGGACUGGUGUUUGAUACCCCCUUAAUCACCAGUUUUUAUUAGAUUGUUAGAGCAGUCAGAUGCAAAAGCAGAAACUUUAAUCAUUUUGGAGGCAAAGGGAAUCACAUGUGUUAUGCAAGCCACAUCUGCUGAAAUUCCCUCUCCUGAAUAUCUAUGAAAAGAUGAAGCAGCCUUUUGCAAUUGGCUACUAUACUCUAAGACCUUCUUUAGCUUUGAUCUCUUUGAUUCUAGAGAGAAUUUCCCCUUAUUUUUGUCCAGUUGGUUGUCUAAAACAAUUAUAAUAAUAUUCAUUACAUGGAUUUCCAUUCCUCCAAAUCAGGGAUGCCCCUAUGAAAUUUAACUAGUGUUAUUGAAAUUCUUUCCCUCAGAGUUCCUCAUAUGUUUUGCGUAGGCAGGAGCCUCCAGAUUUACCUCUUAAUAUCACUAAAGGUGAAUUUCGUGGCAACUUAGGGGUGUGUGAAACUGAGAAAUAUCACGAGUCCUCUUGGAAGUUAUUGUUUUACUUCAACAUUAAUUCCGAUGCAGUUUUGCGUGAGCAAGGACUUCCACUUUUGCCUCAAAAUUUGCUUUAGGUGAAAUUUGUCAGAGGUGGUGUCAUGUCAUACUGUUGUGUACAUCUUUAUUUAAUGGAAUGACAUUUGUGCAUUUCCAUCCCUAUCCUAAACUUCAAAGUUCCGGUUCUCUUUGUUAGUUUAUUGUUCAGCUCCGGCCCUUGAGCUGAUACGGCUCAUCUUGCCUUGAGCCCAGCAGAGUUAAAUCCCAGAGUCCGCAAACGAAAGGAUGAGGUCAGGUAUGGUACUACAUUGCUAUGCUUUAUUUCUAAGCUAUGCUGAGAGCAUACAAAUAUACACCUUGCCUCUGUGAGAGCAGAGAGCAACCCCCAAAGAAACGAAAGAACAAAAAAACCAGGAAACCAGUAAACGUCACAUCCAGUCUCCCUUUCCCGUGAGAAUCCAACAGUAACUUGACUGUGGAAUGAAAACAUAGUCUUGUGACUAGCAGCUGCUGCUCAGUGAGGGAAACAGAAACUAACACUCUUCUCCAUGUUUAGUUUAAACAAGUGACUAUUUGUCUUUUCAUAUAAACUAUACAUGAGAUCCUUAUCUAGUUGUGCAACAUAUCAUAUGGUGAUCCAGCUGUAGCAGUACAGUGAUACCUUGGUUUACAACCAUAAUCUGUUCCGGAGGUCCGGUUGUAAACCAAAACAGGUUGAAACCCAAGGCGCGCUUUCGCCAUUGGGGCCUCAAAAAAAAUAAAAAUGGUUGUAAUUAAAAAAAUAAAUGGGUUGAAAUUAAAAAAAAAAAAAAGGGAUACGCACUUCAGGGUUUGACGUGAUCGUAAUCCAAAAUGGUUGUAAUCCAAAACGGUUGCAAACCAAGGUACCACUGUACCUAAGAUUAUUCCCUGCUGAAACCACUACAGUCAUACCUCAGGUUGAAUGUGCUUCAGGAUGAGCGCGUUCGAGUUGCGCUCCGCAGCAACCCGGAAGUAACAGAGCACGUUACUUCUGGGUUUUGCCGCUUGCGCAUGCGCAGACGCUCAAAAUGACAUCACACGCAUGCGUAGAAGCGCCGAAACAUGACACGUGCAGACGCACGGACACGGGUUACGUUUGCUUCUAGAUGUGAACGGGGCUCCGGAACAGAUCCUGUUCGCAUCUAGAGAUACCAUUGUACUCUUGGAGUUUCUUCAUGCACAGCUAGUUCUGAUGACAUGUUUCUGCUGAGACCUUUUAGAAGAUAGCAUGGCAAUGACUUUUCAGCCCCAGAACAAGAGAGCAUUUCUCAACACAUCACACUGUAUUUGGUGACAUCGAUUGAUGUUGGAAAGCUAUUUAUUCUAAGUAGCACCCAUGGAAAAGCCUUUUAAGAUGUAUCCUUCCAAAGAAAUGGUGCUCUGCUUUUCUUGAGUUGGUGGAAACUGCUUUUCAGCCAUUGUCCUCACCCACCUCUUUUGCUCAAGUGACUUAGGACACUGCCUGCACUGAACUGUCUCUCCAUACAUUCGAUUAUAAUAGGUUUGUUCUAAUUAUAUUUUGAUUUUUCCUUGGUUCACGCUACUGACAGAGCACUUCCAAGUUGCAUCAACUGCCCUUCCCUACCAUGUAAUGUAGAUUUUCCCAUUAUGUCCACAUGUAUCGAUUAUAUGUUGAAGUUAACUUGAGUGUCCCUUGAGAUACACAGGGGAGGGCUUGGUCAUCUUGGCUAACUUUUAGCUAUUGUGAGAUUAAUAAGAGCAGAUACACUAUCUUCCAUUGGGAUGACACUCUAUUGCUGCAUGCCACAGACACAAAGGGUGGGGAAGGAAACCCAUGACUUCAACAUGACGGGGCAAUAGGAUAUGAAUUUCCCCAUCUGCAAAUGACUCACCACGUCUGAUUUGCAGAGCUUCACAUAUUUUGGCCUACGAUAAGCAGGGAAUGUUUCAAAUAUCUUCCGUUAUCCCUUGUGUGAUGCCAUGCUCACAUCUAUGUUAUAUAAUAUAUCUAUAUCUAUCUAUCUAUAUAUAUAUAUAGCAUAUUAGAUGUCCAUUGUCAUUCAGACAAGAUGUUUUCAAAAGGUGAAUACUAAUAUAUUUCUGGUGCAUUUCUUAACUUAAGACUGUGGAACUUCCACAAAGAGCGAAGUUUCGAUUUGUUUGUGUGUAUAGAAAAUAUUGCAUACUUUGAUUAAUCAAUUUUAAGGAACAAAAGUAUACAUUACUGUUGUUAUUGUUGUUAAUUUUAUACUCCACCUUUUCCCCGACGGGACUCUACAUUCACAAGAAGAAACAUUUCAAUAAUUUCCAGUGUACAUAAAUGAAGCGGCAGAUUAUUCUAGCAACCUUCGUAAUGAAUAAUGAGAUUUUAAUAUCUAUUGGCAGGAUUCACCUUAGCGUCUAUACUGGAAGCCUACUGAUUAGGCCACUUAGAUUAGCAGGGGGAGAAGCAAAAUGUCCUUUCAGUAGCAACUUCUCAUGUCUUUUUGGUGCUGUUCUCCAAGGACCCCCAGUGUGGGAGGGCUUUAUGGGGCAGUGAGGAGAUUUGGAAAAACAAACAAACAUGUGAUCUGAGAACCCGUGCAUCUCAGUAGGCCACUGUAGCUUAUCUCACCAUAUUUCCCCAGAUUUUGAACCCAUGGACAUUUUGGCAGCCCAUGCUUUGAUAGUGAGCUUGGAAAGGUUGUUUUGGAAAGGCAAUAAAAGGUGAACAAAGGUAAAAAUAUGAACAGAUUUACAGAUACCAGAGACAUAUUAACCAGCAAGCCAUCCUCACUGUCCUUAAUCUAGGCUAUCUCACUCUUCGGGGAAUACUGAAAGAAGCUAGACUCUGCAAGUAAUAGGAUGACCUAAGAUACAAUAAUAGCAUGUCUUCUCAAAUAAUAGGGUUCAGUUUGUCCUUCUGGUAUGUGAGAGAACAUAUCCAUUUAAAGUGGAACUCCCUGUAUUGCCCAUUAAAUUGAACAUGUCAAAUAUUACUCUUUUUCUCACACCUUCAAUUUUGAGUUUGCUUGCUGCUUAAGACGUAGGAAAAUGAAUAGGUUGUCAAGUGGCACCAAGUUAAUACUCCAGUGACCUCUGGUGGAAAAUGUGAUAUUAUUUGGUGUCUUAUAGUGGGAACAGCACUAUCCAUCAAACAGCUGGCAUUACAUAUUGCAUCGCACGGAAAUAAUGUAUUCCAAGACAAUAACUUCUUGUUAGGCCCCUUCAUAUAUUUGUGAGGCAUACUGGCAUCUCAGCAUAUGUGUCUGCAGCAAAAUAGUCCCUCAUGCAGCCAUUCUCACAUUCAUUGGAGAAAAUACAGCAUCUGAAGUGACUUUUAUGGUCUGCCUGCCAUAGCUAAUUGGGACGAUAAGGAACUUUAGAGAAUACCUUUCCCUGCCCCAUUGGAACUUCCCCAACUUUUGAGAUCUGUCCAUGAAGCCUACCUACUUGAGAAGGCUUAAGUUAGAGCAGGGCUUCCCAAGCCAUGGUUUGUGAACUAUCAGUGGACUGCAAGAAUAAUUGCGUGGACAGGCGGAGUCCCCCAGACCCUGGGAGGCCCCCCCCAUGUGGAAUAAAGACUCAAGACAACGUGCUAUGGGAUUUAAUUGGCCACAACUUUAUUAUAUUUCAGAUGUGGGUAGACCUUGGCUCAGGCAUUGGGCGUUUAUCCCUCCCAGUCUCCAGCUGGGGAUCUAGGGGACAUCAGGGUUAUCCGGGGGGGGGGGGAUGGGCCGGCUCUGGAGAACAGAGAUAGCCGCCCCAUUACGCCGUCGUUACAGGGGAGACCAAUGAUGACCUCUCUGCGUACGGUCAAAGCCUCCCCUUUAACGGGGAACCCUGGUAUCACCGCCACAAAGAGGAAGGGGGUGUGGGUCACCGCUGCACACCCCCCCAUUCAGGAAGAUAGACUAAAGGAUUCCGCCCAAGGCCUGAUACUGCCACCCGAGACCGCAAAGUUGCCGUCUCGCCGCCAAGACUACCUACACCUGAAAAGACCCUUCACCAUCCACCAACCAUCCGACAGGCCAUGCCUGAUGUCGCUCAGCCAACACUUGUUACCAAGGCCCGAUAGGUGCACACCAUUGGGCCUGCAUAGUUCCUUCAUGUAUACUUUAAUGCUGGGAUGCUUCACGACCCGACCUCCCAUGCGCGUGGUUGCAGAGCGCAAUUCAACAGUGUAGUUAAGUCUGGUGGGUUUGAGGUUGCCACGCCAUUGUAAGCGUGGUAGAAGCUCUGACCAGAAAAUCGUGAUAUUGGGGUGCGUGGCAUGUAAGCUUUCCAGGUCUGCAAUCGCUGUUUUUGGCCAAGCCUGUGCUAAUGGAGCCGCACAGGGUCCAGGGGCUGCGCGUGUCCACGCAAAGGGCCCCCCCGUUUAAUGUGGGGAGCGGUCAUUCAGGUGGUCUCUGGCAUGUCGGUGUCUGGUUAAAUAUUGGCGACGACACACCCACUGCAUUAAAUAUUCAUGUUGGUUUUUAAAAAUUGCAUUUGAAUUGCUUCUUUUAUUGUAAUCUAUUGUGUCAUGAUUUGAAUUCUAUGGAAUACAGUAAAAUGCAAUAUAUGACAAAUAAAAGAAACUGUAAAAUACAUUUAAAAACUGUAUAGCGUCUAGCACGGUGCAUUACAAACUGUACAACAGGCAGAAAAAAACGUGGUCUGCCACAAUCUUCAUUAGUGAUCCAUUGGGGGUGGUGGUGGGGGGCUUUGGGAAUUACUGAUUUAGGGUCUUUUCAGUCAUGGCACUGCAGUUUUAGAAUUCUCUCCUUGAUUAGGCCUGGCAUCAACUUUUUUUUCUAUUGUCCUUGGUAACAAAUGUCCUCUCAAGUAAUCGGGCUGUUGUAGGCCUGAUUUCUACAAACUGGGUGAAAGAGCAUUAAUAUGGUAAAAGCAGUUCUGUGUUAGCAGGUAUCAAAUGAUGCACACGGGAGAGGAAAAUCCUAGUUUCACAAAUACACUUGCAGGGUCUGAACAGGUGGUGACAGGCCUGAUCAGUAAGGAGGGACAUGAUAGAGGUGAAUGAGAUUUUGCUUAAUGUGGAGAAAUUUGCCCCCCCCCCCAGACUAGAACAUGGGGUCACCUAAGAUCAUUUUCUGAGGCCCUUCUUCGUGUGCCUCCUCCUUGAGAGAUCCGGAGGGUAGCAACACGAGAACGGGGCCUUCUCUGCAGUGGCUCCCCAUCUGCAGAAUGCUCUCCCCAGGGAAGUUCAUCUGAUGUCUUCAUUGUACACCUGUAAGCACCAGGCAAAAACGUUCCUUUUUAACCAGGCCUUUGGUUGAUCGGAUUGACGUCCUAUCCCCUUUUAAAAAGUGACUCUUUUGGGGGGGGGUUAUUGGGUUGUUGUUUUUAUUUUGAUUACAUAUAUUGAUCUUUUCUGUGAACCGCCCUGAGACUUCCGGGUUUAGGGCGGUAUAUAAACUCAGUAAAUAAUCAUAAUAAAACAAUAAUGAAAUUUAAUGUUGGAAGAUUUAGGAGAGACGAAAGGAAAUCUUCACACAACCCUCUGUUAUAUGGGCAUUUGCUACCGCAAGAUAUAACACUAUCCACUGACUUGGAUGGUUUUAAAGGGGUUUUUUUAGACAAAUAGUGGGGGAUAACUUUAUGAAUGGCUACUUGCUGUGCUACUGUAUCUGUGUACUGCCUCUGGUACCUCUGAACAUUAGUUACUGGCCUUUGUGAGAACAGGAUGCUUGACUAGGUGAGCUUUUGGGUCAAAUUCUUUAAAAAAGAACCAAUUAUGUCUAUCCCUUUGUGCCCGACCCUUGUUGAGGUCUGACACAUACACAGUUAUGAUUCGUGUCUGACUCCUUUCACAUUUUCAAUUCACCAAAUGCAUUGAAAACCUUAUGUAAGUCCAGCUGAAUAAAACAUAGUCUGCAUCUAACGCAUUUCCCCUCCGAUUUUUAGAUAUAAGUGAGAAACCUUUUGAGGGCAGAACAGUAAUCCACUGGGAAGUGAAGUUCCCUUUCCCCAUGGCAAAUAGAGAUGUAUCCUUUCAAGUCUUGGCUUGCAGUUUUGCUCUUAAUAUUUGAGGCUGCAAACUCCUCACAGCACAGUUCUGCAAGUUUAAAUGAGGUAAAAAAAUUGACUCUUAAGGGAAAAGAAAAAGUUAAGACUUUGAUGCUCAUUCUUGUGAACCAUAUUCUGUCAUACCCUUUGAGGAGCAAAACAAAAACAAAUGCAGGCUUCUUGAAACAGGAUUGCUUUUCGUAUUUGCACCAGUAUACCUUCUGUCUCGAUUAUAUAUGUAUAUUAUAUAUACAGGCACAUCCUGAUUAUUUCUUAAACUUCAGCAUAGUAUGUUUUCGUUCGUGAGCGUAAAGAUAUGGAACUUGAAGGGAAGAAGAUAUAUGUUAUAUUGGCUAAAAGCGUGAAUACCUCUAAAUUCCCAGAGAAGACUGGGAUUGUUAGAGUAAAGAAUUAUAAACAAUGUGUGGCCUUUGAAAGCGAUGGCAAGAAAGGCUCCAAAGGUAAGAAAUCAGUAAAGAACUUUAUAGAAAUACCUGCUUAGAGCUAGGCAUGAGGAGAAAGUUCAAUUCAAUUCACAUUUGAAGGUGAACCUACCUAAUACACACUUUUCAAAACAAGGCACAAACCCAAAGCAGAGCUAUCCUUUGAAAUUUGCAUUACUCUGAAUUUUGCAAUAGUUUCCCAGCCAAGUAACAUGUACACAAAUGCAUUUUUCAGGAUACAGUGUGCAUAUAAAUGCACAUAUUAAAGAAAACAAUAUACAGAAAUGUAUUAUAUUAGGGGAAGUUGCUUCUAAAUCUUAUUUAUAUUUAUUUAACUUUUUUUUUUACUCUGCUUGACUGUAAACACAGCAACCUCUAAGCAGUUUACAACAGUAUAAAAACAUUAAGAAUUAUUGAUUAAAAGUGUAUAUUUGUCAAAACGACAUGCAACAAUGUGCUUACUUUGAGAGCUUUGCACUACAAUGUUGGCAAAUUUUGCUGAUUAUUUUAGAAAACCAAUUUACAAAUUGCUACAGAAGUGUGCAAAAUGAUUGGGAGAAACAGAAAAUUGUCAACUGCAAAUGGCAGAUACGCCUAUCCCUUUUUAGAGCAGAAAUGUUAAAUUUACACGUUAGGAUUAUGAAAAACAUAUUCACUUGCUUUUUUAACACUAACAAAUUUUGCUAAGAUUGAAAGCAAGAUAGUUGAACAGGUGUGUACAAAAUAACACUAGAGGCUUGCAUCCAAUAUUUUGGGUGGUUAAUUCUUAUGCACACAUGUGUGCUCAUCCCAGCCAACUAAUUUGUGUAAUCUGGUAACAGGAGUUGCUUAACCACAUUGUGAUCAGACCAGAUUUGUAUAAAUUCUUUAGGGGCAAAAUUAGUGAUGGCAUGAUCAUUCUUUAUUCUGUAGAAGUAAAUACCUGCGGGGAGAGUAAUUUGUUUCAGGACUGUGGCGGUUAUAGGAAAAUUAAUGAUUAACUCUUUGUUAAACCCCACAGCGCUGUUUUGAAUCUCCUCCACUGUGGCUGCUAUUUGCAUAGAGAAGAAAGCUGCCAUUGGCACCAGUGGAAGUUUUUGUCCCAAGGAACAUAGCAGCCACUAGGGGCAUGUGGUGUGUGAUCCUGAUUGGACUGAAGUGGAGACAACAAGUUAAAUCCCCUCUUUACCACCUCCCCAGCCCAGUCAUAUCGCUUCUAGCUUUGUGGUUCUUGUCAUACCUCGUUUCUAAGACUAGGAAAACUUGCAGAUGCCCCAUUAAUGAGCAAAGUUGACUUCUGAUGCAGAUAUUUCAGUUCUGCUAAUGGGUUCAAGUAUCCUAGGCCCUAACUAUUCAUAAUUCUUUCUAAUAGAAAUUUUUGCAGGGUUGGGGUUGGCAGGGGGAAUCGUUUGUUGUUGUAUGCACAAUCCCUUCCUCUUGGUGAUCAGAGAGAGAAAAAUUAGAUGUGGUUGGAUAUGCGCAAAAGUGGCAGAGCUUGCUGAAACUGGGAAACUUCCCUUCCAACUCUGCAACAGGCCUCCAUAACUCCAGAGAUGAAACUGAGAAGGAUUUUCGAAGCCUCUGUCAGUUUAGCCUCUACAUUGAAGAAAGACCUUUUAAUUUAUUGCAGAGCUGAAUAAAGUGUUUUGCUUUCACUGCGCUUUUUGCAGCUAUUGACCUGGGACCAGACAAUGUACAAUUGGUUCUGAACUUACAGGAACAGCAGUUGGGUGUACAAAACACUGCACAACUGAAGAGGGUGGAGGAGAAGAGCUUUUUGGGGAAAGAAAGAAAAAAACCUCUUGCAGUCAUGCAAACGUUGUUCAGAAACCGUUGAGGGGUUUCAGCAAAUAUAUCUGAUAUCAUGGGAUGGAACAGUGGAAAACUCCAGAGAAAUAAGGGAAUAGAUUCUGUACAUUUAUGGUUCUAAAUAACAACACUAAAAGCAGCUUAGAUAGCUGCUAGUCAGGUGACCACAAAAUAGAUAUAUAAACGAAUAGCUGCUGUUGCUUAAAUAAGAUUCUGACUGCCUCUUUUCUUCCUUUCUUUUGCUUUGAAGUUUUCAUGUCAUACUUUGAUGACCCUGGUGGCAAGGUUCCUUCGUGGCUUGUCAACUGGGGAACCAAGGUAAGCAGGGGGCUGGAAUUUGUAGGGAACAAGCCCAGUGGGUUAUGCCCAUGGCUUUUCUGGCCUGACUCUCUGUUGCCAGCACUGUAGGCAGAACUACAGGUACUGAAAGGGGAAGAGUCAUAGAAUUGUAGAGUUGGAAGGGACCCCAAGGGUCAUCUAGUCCAACCCUCUGCAAAGCAGGACUCUCAGCUAAAGCACCCAUGAUAGAUGGCCAGCCAACUUCUGUUUUAAAACCUCCAAAGGAGAAGAGUCCACAACCUCCACAGAUCUUUCUAUCAGAAGUUUUUUUCCUGAUAUUUAGUGGGAAUCUCCUUUCUUGUAACUUUGAGCCACUGGUUGAAGUCCUACCCUCUGGAGCAGGAGAAACAAGCUCGUUCCCUCUUCCAUGUGACAGCCCUUGAGAUAUUUGAAGAUGGCUAUCAUAUCUUCUCUCAGUCUCAGAAUAGAGCCCAGAGCAACAAUCCAGACUUGUUUGUGUCCAUUCCCUAUUGUCAGUUGCUAGUCUGAGACAAUAGCUCUGUUCAUGCAGUACUCACCUGAAGGUGGUAUCCUGCUAGUGCAGGGGAGAAGGGCUGUGCUCUGGGCUCCUCCCACAGCACCAAGUAUACUGCCUUAAAGAGGCCAAUACUUACAAAACUUUUCUACUUCAGAAAUCCAUCAGGGAAUGAUACACAUUUAGGAUUUGCUUGUGCAUUUCUUUCCCUUUUAAUCUUUUCAUUUCUAUCCUUUCCCUGCCCAGUUAGGUAACUUGUUCAGAGCCUCCAACUCUCACUGAUAAUAUCAAACAAAAACACUUUCUUCUAAACCUUUGGUUUAUGUGCUGCUAGCAGCAUGGGAUAUUGUUUGGAUAUUGUUUGGAUCCUAUAAAUCUGUAUAUUUUGAAAGCUGCAAAUGGUGGCGGCAUGUUGCUAUUGUGUAGGAGGGUCACCAGGAUUAACAGAUUUUAAAAACCAGUUAUGAAUCCCCCUCUAACCUGGUUUAUAAUGCUUGUUUAAGCCACAGAGCACAAUUACUUUUGUGUUUGAAGUGACAUAGGUGUAACAAACAGUUGAACAUCAGUAGUUGCCUACUAGGCCAUAAAGUUGAUGCAUAAGUAUUCUGUGAUCCCUUUCUUUACAGACUGGAGUGCCUAACUUCUUGAUUGAUAUGGAGAAAGCUUGCCACAGUUACCGCAAAAGAUAAAACUGCUCCUUGAAUGUGAUCCAGAUCAAUAGCUUAAAGGUAUAUUUUGCAUGGAUAAUGAGCCAUGGACACAUCACUGAAUAACAUCUGCCUUUCGGGAUAGUAAUCAUGAGCCAUGUAAGUUCCCAGGCAUGUGACAAUGAAACAUUAAAACUUUUCGUUUUUCAUUUUCCAUCUGUUUGAUGCACUGCCACUUAAUUUUUUGAGGGCUUUCAUGUAUCAUUUCGACAUUUGAGGCAUGUAAUGAUCACCUUUGAACACAGGAGCUCUGAUGCAUUGCUUCAGUAGAGGGAACAGCGCUAUGUUCAAAGAGGGCUGUGCAUGCAGAACUUCUCCCUUCAUUGAAACUAGUAGAGAAACCCAUACUGCUGUGCACUCUGAACUCUGCAUCAAGAUGCUCAAGAUACAGAGUACACUAGCUGUACUUUGGUCGACACUGCUAAAUAGAACUGUUGGGUGCCUUUUAAUUGAUCACUUCUUACUCUAUUCCUCUGCUGUCUUCUAAGAAAUGUGACUUAAACAGUUCAUUAAAAGCUAAAGUGGACAGGAUUUUCAAUGAGCAAAUGAGAUGUUAUCUUUUAUUGGAAUAAAUAGUCACAAAACGACUGGUCGACAUCCAACGAAAGUUAUAUAAACCCCACUGACAUCCAUUAGUUGUGACUAAAGGCUAUUAAUCUCAGCAGGCCAUAAACACAAUGAACUUCUUCUUUGGGGUUGGGCCCAUUGUGCGAGAAGAUUUCAAAUGUCAAGUUAUUCAUCUGAGCAAAACAAAAAUGAUUAGCAAUAACUUUGCUAAUAACCUUUCAAGGCACACUGGGUAACGCUGUGGGACUUUUUUCCCCUCCGUGUUGUGUGCCUUCCACAUUUGAUGCCCAGCUUCGCAAAUAUAACAAUACAUUCUGUGCCUGCCGAGAUUGGAAGAAACAACAUUAGAGUUGAAAAACUGCCUUAUUUUCAGAUUUUUAUAUUUCUGCUUGCAUCUUUCCUGUUAGGUGGUUUUUGAUCACCCAGGCCCAAGACCUAGCAGACAGAUCACAUGAUGAUUUCCUGCCAUAUCUGUCUGCUUUCUUGGUUCUCGAGAGUUGGUGCCUCAUCCAGGUAAACAACACCCUGGGUAUAUAGCAAUGUUUCCCCCCAGUAUCAGCAAAAGCUUUUGGAAAAAGAGGAAUGCAAAGCCCUGUUGCACACAUGUUCGCGGGAUCAUAGCCAUUAUGUUUAAUCAGCCCAGAAAAGUAUAUGAUCUCAUGUGUCCCAUUGGUCAUAUUGUGUGAAACGGGCAUUAACAUUAUUAUUUCUUGUGGGAGACAUUUGAAGUGAGCUAGUUAGUCUGUUUGCACAGAUCUCUUUCAUUCUGCUCUGUCUUAACAACAGAGGAAGCUGUUGCUUGUGGGUGCACAGGUCCCAUUGUGGACUUUCUUCUGUAUCUCAAUGUGAUGUUUUAUCUGCUGUAGCAGGCACCAUUGACUCUUUCCCUCUAUGUCCACAAUCUUGUAAGCUGUUUAUUUUCGCAAAUGCUUCUCAGGCUAAAGUAACAGCACAAGUCUCAGCAUGUUUUUUUGUCCUUAACUGAGGGCUCUGACAUACACAUUAUUAACUGGAUUGAAAGGACUGGGGACAGGCGGUAGGACCAAUAGCUCUUAGUUGUAGCAUAAUUCUAAACUUCGCUUAACAGAAACAGUUCUAUGCGGUCCCCUUAACCUUGAAAAAAUAAACCGGAGGCGAAAGUUUCCUCUAUGAACAAUCUCAGGUCUGUGCAGUAUAGCAAAAGUAGGCACUGCAUCCUGGCAAUGGGUACAGCAAACUUCCGUAUUGAAUGAAGAUGUAUAAAUAUGUAUCUGUAACAAUGAGUCAGUUUGCCAAGCCAAAUUCAACCCAUCAGCCAUGCAUUGGCCUGCCAAGUGCUUGGCACCUGCCCCUUCCCCCGGUCCUAGGCAGUCAGCCAAAACAAAACAGGAUUUUUAUUGAGCCACCAUUUGUGCCUGGUGUGCUGUGUGGAGGCCUGCUUUAUAUUUUGCAUAUUCCACUAAUCUCAUUUUCCGGUCAACAUUGGUACAUGUAUACAUUUAUCAAUAAAUC